AUGAGCCGUGUUGUUAAAGAUAAGAAUAAGCCCAAAGGGCCAAUGUCAGCAUACGCUUGUUUCGUUCAAGUAAUUCGCGAAGAGCAUAAGAAAAAACAUCCUGGUGAACACAUUGUUUUCAGUGAUUUUUCUCGCAAAUGCGCUGAACGUUGGAAGAUAAUGACUCCCAAAGAGAAGAAACGGUUUGAAGACAUGGCUGCCUUGGAUAAGGACCGUUACAAUCGUGAAAUGAACGAUUACGUUCCUCCAGAAGGAGUCAAAAAGGGCAAAAAGAGGAAGGCGGCUAGAGAUCCAACUCUUCCAAAGCGUGCUCUAUCUGCGUUCUUCUUCUUUUGCGACGAUUUCCGUCAGGAAGUUCGUGAUGAACAUCCCGAAUGGAAGGUUGGAGAUAUUUCAAAAGAAUUGGGCCGACGGUGGGAAGAAUGUACUGACAAAUCGAAGUACGAUCUUCUUGCCCAGCAGGAUAAACAGCGUUAUGAAGAGGAUAUGAAUAAGUAUCGCCAAGGCCUUUAUGUUCCACCAAAGAAACAGGCGAAACCAGACAAUUCCACCGUAUCUAACCCGGAAACCGGAAGUGGUGACGCUGUUGCAGAAAACGGUGACGAGGAAGAGGAAGAAGUUGUUGAAGAAGAUGAGGACGAAUAA